AUGAUUCUUCGAUAUUUGAGUAUUUUUGUGCUUCUUUUGUUAUGUGUUUCUCAAUCGGGACGAGUUGCCGGUCAAUUUCAAUGCAAAGACAUGAAAAAUCAAAAUGUUGAUUGGUUUGUUUUCUACAAAUUGCCUAAAGUCAAGGGCUCGCCGAGUGACGCAGUGGCGGAUGGGACCGCUUUUUUGUACCUCGACAAAAACAAUAAGCAAUGGGUUUACCCAACCAUGAACAUGUUAGAUGGGAAUCACGCUAUCGCCUACACUCUGCAACAAUACUACGAUCGACAAGAUGACUCGAUGAUUAUGUCGAUUUUCUACAAUGACGAACACCCAGAUAACAUCACUUCUUCUAGUUUGGGACAUCAAAAAGGCGUUGUCGCCUUUGACGCGAUCUCUGGCUUCUGGUUGAUUCACUCGAUUCCGAAAUUCCCCGAAAACACGAGCUAUGUCUAUCCACCGAACGCGCACUCGUACGGGCAAAUGGGGAUUUGUGUGACGCUGCCGAAUAAAGGCCUUAAUGAUAUCGCCAAUCAACUUUUCUUUACUCAACCAUUCAUUUACCGUUUCGAUCUGCCGCCUCAAUUCGCGAGCCUUUAUCCAAAACUCGCUGAUGUGAAAAAGGGAAACUAUCAGAAAGCAGCCCCAUUCUCAAGCGUGAAACCAAUCACCACAGCCGGAGGGACUCAAUUUGUUCACUUUGCCAAAGCAAAAGGAUUCAAGGAUGAUAUCUAUGGAGGACUAAUAGCACCAUACUUGAAUACGGAUCUCUUUGCUGAGACGUGGCAACACGAACCGGGAAAUAUGGGUGAUUGGUGUAUGGGGAGAUAUGAGAUUCUUGACAUCACGUGGGUAAAUCUGCCGUUUGGAUUCAACUUCGAGAAUUGGUCGGAUCACUCAAAAUACGCGAUUGCUGUGACGGAAAAGCCCAAUCAGGGACCAACACCGCCAUGGGUGUGCAUUGGGGAUAUCAAUAGACAGACCCAUCAAAUGGUUCGUGGUGGUGGCUCUUUGUGCCUUCGGGACUCGGAUCUCUUCAACACCUUUAAAUCGAUCCCCACACAAUUCAACAAAUGCAAUGCCACUACUCCAACCCCAAUUCUCGAGAAAAUGCUUCGAUCAAAUCGAGUUUCUUUA